UCGUCAUAUCCGUUAAAAUCCGGAAGUUUUGAGUUUUCCUUUUCUGUAGAAUGAAAGUGAAUUUUUGUUCUGUCUUGACUCUUAUAAACUUCAGUAAUGCCACGGGGACACAUUGAAGCUUCUCCUCUACCUCUGUCCUCUGUUCAUCUCCUGGUUUCUCCUGUGAGACUCAUGUCUGCUUUUAUUUGGCGAGUGGCGCAGCAGCACAAUGUGAUGCAGUAUGAGAAGGUGGUGGACUUCAUCACACUGACCACAGAGCUGGUCCCGGAGCUGCUCAGUCCCAGCCGGAGGACUCAGCUCAUCAUGGGCCUCAGAGCCAGGCUGGUUCUGGAGUUGUGUCGAGAUGACAGUCUGUCCAACCUGCAGACCAUCCAGUCAAACUUGGAUAAAAUCCACGCCUGUAGCAUGAACCUGAGCUCCACUGACCAGCUGGCUGACUUACAGAAGACCUCAUACACUAACUUCGCCAGUUUGGUUCAGAAGUUGUUGAAUGUUCCUUUUGAAAAGGAGCUCUUCUUUCAAGAGGUUUUUCCAGCAAACUAUGGCUCGGCAUAUGACCAAAGACUACAGCAGCUGGUGGAUGAGUUCCUGUCCAGACUGGAUGAGCUGCUACCUGAACCUGACGUGGAGCAGACAGCAGCGUGGCUCUCUGAAACAUCAUCUUUUUCAGAGGAUUUUGGACUGCAUCUGUCUCAGCCCUUUGCCUUGAAGACUCUUCUGCUCCAUCAUCAGCAGCUGGGGACUCUGAGCUCUGAUCCUUCAAGCAGUGAGAAUGAUAUAAUUUUGUCCACUCUGGCCCUCCCUUCUCCUGUAUCAAAAUACACUGAGCCAUACAGUGAGGAUGACAAUUAUGACACUGAGGAAGAGUCACUGGCACUGGAGGAUUUAGGAGAAGACUCUAAUGAAAGCCCAGACAUCACUGCAGAUGACUGGUUACCAACCAAGAGAACAGGUCCUUUGUCGCGUUUAUUCAUCUGCCCUCAGUGUUCAUUUGCUCACAGUGUAAAGAGGAAAGUCCAAGAGCACAUCCAGAAGGAGCAUCAAACACAAACUACUGCUCAGAAGAAAGAAUCUAUCAGAAAGUCUAGAGCAAAGACUCUGCGGAGAAGUAAAGACAGAAAGAAAGCAGAAGACAAUUCAAAGAAAAAGAGGCAACAUAAACAGAAAGACAGUUUAGUGAAAAAGAGUGAACAAAAGCAGAAGAAGAGCAACAUGGAGAACAACAACCGUCGGAGAAGGAAAGAACCCACAACUGAAGAUAAAAGGUUUCUGAGCACGCGGCCAGUGGACAAAAACUUCACAGAGGAACAAACCGCAUGCCCAAAAUGUGAAAAGGUUUUUGAGCUACCGAAUCAGCUGAAGACCCACAUAAAACUCCACGCACUGCCGUUCCACUGCAGCCAGUGUGAGAAGGGAUUCACCAGCCUGUCAGGCUAUUACCAGCACCAGAGGGUCCACAAGAGAGGACGCAUAUUCAUCUGCAGCCAAUGCAACAAGGGAUUCCUGUGUAAUUAUUCACUCAAACAGCAUGAGCGUUCACACGACGGUCCCACUAACCUGUGUACGAUCUGUGGGAAGAGCUUCAGCAGAGCGGGCAUUACACGACACAUGCAGAUGCACAAGGGGGAGAAGAAUUUCUUGUGCACGGUUUGCGGGAAGUCGUUUCUGUCUUCGGGCGAGCUGCUGCUGCACACUCGCUCUCACACGGGUGAGACGCCGUACACCUGUACCCACUGUGGGAAAGGAUUCUCCUGCAAGAGUCACCUGAUUGUCCACGUGCGCUCUCAUACUGGUGAACGUCCAUAUGUCUGCACAUUAUGCCCCAAGCGAUUCCUCACCGUGAACUGCCUGAAGAGACACACACUCAGUCACAAUGGGGUGAAACCGUUCAAGUGUACACACUGUGACAAAGAGUUUUCUCAGCAGGGAAAUCUUAAAAGACAUAUGACAACUCAUAAACCUGACACCUAAUAUUUGUUUGUCCUUUAGUAUUAAUAAACUUGUAGAAAAUAAAGUUAAUCUGAAAGGUUUUUGUAAUUUCCUCCUUAGAUCUUGUAUGUAAAAGUUUUGGCUUUUUUACAUUAAAUAUGUGCCUUGAUUGGAGUAAAGUAAAGCUGUGAAACUCUUGUCCCCUACAGAGGAUUAGAUUCAGUGCUGGGUCUCAAGAGGACAUUCCACAUAUUUUAUACAGUAACACAUCAUGAACCCUUGCACAAGUCCAACAUUUCAUCUUGUACGUGUCAGGUAUUCACUAGAAACAAUAAGAAAUUAAAGUAUUUGCACCUUCUUAAUCUGUUUGUUUUUGUUAUGAAAACUCAAAAACCAUGUUCAGUGCCUUUAGGAAGUAUCUUGACAAUCAAACGUAAUAUUUAAUCAUACACUAUAAGUGUAGAAUUACUAUGCAGACAGAGAAACUCCCAAAAGCAGUGUGUAUAAAACAAUGAUUAUUGUAGGUAUUGUUUGUCUUUCAGUGUUCAAAUCUUCUGUGAGUGUCAGUUUUGUGCCUUCAUGCGUCUCUGGUCAUUAAACCCUUGAUUUCUUGUCCAGAAGUUCUGAUUUCAGUUUGGGUUUGUUUAUUUGUGAAAGAUAAAGUAAUGGAGUUUUGUCUUGAGCUGAUGCAACAUGGAACUAUCCUAAAUUAUUCAGAUUCACUAAACCAGUGGAAGCUCAUAACACUGGGAUAUCCACUUAUUAAGCCAUUUAUCUGAGAGGUACAUAUGCUACGAGCUGACAAACAGCUGAAAUGUAAUAUUAGGGUAAGAUUUUUUACCUUAAGGCAUUGAAGUAAAGAAACUAAGUGUGUUGUGGCCAAAAUAAAUCCAUAAUCUGAAAUUA